AUGGCAGGGGGCGGAGCCUGCCCGCUGCGCGCCCCCAGCUCCUCUCUGACCUCAUCGCUGCACUCCUCUUCCAGCCCCACCUUUUUCAGCCUGGCACUGUCGCCGGACUCCCCAUUGCCAUGGAGCUUCCCCUGGGACCCCAGUGAGGCGGCGGCAGGGGGUGGAGCCUGCUGCUGCUUUUUCCCGUCCCCCUCCUCCUGCUCGUCAUCGCCCUCCCCCCUGCACCCUCCUCCGCCCCCCCAGCGGCGCUUCUCCCUCUCGCCGGUGCUCAUCAGAGACUCGGCCGCCUCCACCUUCCUUCCUCCGCCUCCGGUCCCCAGCCAGGCGGCACCACCCCCUCCGGGCUACGCCGCCGCCGGAGCCACCGCGGGGGGGCCGGUACCCCCCUCGCCCUCUUCUGCCUGCAGCACGCCAUCUUCUCUCCGCCGCAGCCUCCCGCCUCAGCUGCCGCGCUGCCACUCGCAGCCCUGCGACCUACUGCUGCUGAAGCCGGGCUUGAAGCGGCGCCGCGACCCCGACCGACCCUGCGCCCGGCCCGUCCUUGACUUCACCAAGAUGACGCAGACGCGCAGCAUCGACCCGCAGUGCCUGGAGCGCGGCGGUAGAUUAGCCUGUGGCGGCGACGUCUGCAUGGGCAUGGAGGCCUUCAUGGGCGACUUUCGGGGCUCCUGCUCGCCCGCCGAGUGCCUGGGCCGCACCAGCAUCGGGCCGCUGAGUGAGAGUGACGAGGAGUGCCGUGAGGAUGAUGAGGACGAAGAGGAGGAGGCGGAGGAGCGCGAGGCGGCACAGCAGGCCGUAUUUGAGAGGGAUUGUACAGAACUGGACCUGAACUUGAUAGAAGAAAACUGACUUGUUGUAAAUGAAGGCUGUUCUCUGUUUCUGUUUUCUAACUGAGUUUUAUYUUGAAAUGACCUGACCCCAGCCCUUCUUCCUGUCCCACCAUCUUCUCAACACUCGGCAAGUCCUCGCCACCAAUCAGCAGAGCUCUCAGGAACAACAUCUUCUCCCAUUGGACGAGCUGAUUACUGGCAACAGUGAUGAUGUGGUGGCCAACAGACCUGGACGGACUGGUCCGUUCCAGUUGGACCGGUACCAGCUGCGGUCCAGGUAACUUCCAACACGUCUGACGAGCCGAACGCGGCGCUGCAGCGGCCGACCUAGACGGUCCUGAACCGCCACAGAAACAUAACCCAGAAUAAUAUUCACACCAAAGAUGAAAUGAAACAUAAAUACUCUCAUAGAUAUAAAGAAUUAGAUGAGUUCUGAUCUGAAACAGAGAUUAAAAAGUUAGUUUUGCAUCUAAUGACAAUCAAGAGUCUAAAAAAUUAUUUAAUCACAAGGGCCUUUAAAUGGUGAAAAACCUGCAGAUUUCUGAAUUUAAAUUCCUCCAAAAACAAAUGAUUUUCCGUUGCUGCAGUCAUGUGACCCGGUCUUGGUGAUGCGAUCAGGGUCGCUGCGGCGGCGCCUGUCAGUCGUCGCUGAGGGCAAAAAGCCACUGAUGCUGUUGUUCAGCCGAGUGUUCGCACAUUCCUGCUGUACACAACUGUCACUGAAAACACUACAACUGAGUGUGUGUGUGUAUGUGUGUGCGUGUGUGUGUGUGAGUGAGAGACAUCACACCCUGCUGGUCAUGUGACCUGUGUUUAGAUUGAAUCCACUGGAUUUCUUCUGACAGUUUGUGACAACAGUUUGUGUUUUAAUUAAAAUCGUUCAGUCAUCUAGGUUUGGAUUAAACCAUAAAAAACUGCUCUGGUUAUUUUCUGUUCAGUGAAGCAGAAACUUUAACUCAUCUCCAGUUUUAGAAYCUGUAAUCUUGCCACAAAAAUAACAAAUUAUUUAAGAAAUAAUGGAAAUAAAUAAUAAAUAAAUACAAACUGAGAAUUAACUUUGGAUUCAAAAAAGAACUUGGAAAAAAAACUUUAGAUUGCAGUAAGUUGCAAAUUACAGUCAUGAAUCUGUUAAAUUCGGCAUAAAUAAAGGUGAAUCUGGGAUUUAAAUGAACAUGGAGAGUUUCAAUCUCCAGAGAAAAAAUUAAUCCAGAGGAACAAACUCCCUCAAAUUUUCACUGAAAGACUUCAGCAGGUUUAUUACUGGAGUCUUACUGGUUUGGUGGAAUAAUCUUGAUUUAAAACUAUACAUUUUUACUUUGUGUAAAAAUUACAAGGAUGUUUUUGUUUUAACUGGUAAAUCUUAAAUGUAAUGUCAGCCACUGCCAAUAGGGGGCAAUACAAAUAUUUAAUAUUAUUGUUCUAACUUUAUUUGUCUGCGUUCAAUCCAAAUAUAAGCUGAAAAUGGCAGAAGAAACAAUUUUGUUUCAGUCGGUAUCAGAGUCUGAGUCACACAAAUGAACGAUCCAGGYUGAACUGUGAUUAGUUAAUCUGACAGGAUCACUUAAUCUGGAUUCAAUCUGAGCACUGAGAAGUCACAGAAACUGUUAAACAUUUUAGUUUCACUGGUCAUUUGAGCUGAUUGUUUCACAUCCUGCCAGGUUUAUGAUGUUGUUUUCACCUGUUAGAGUUGGAUAAUCCAGCCCAGUCGACGUUUAGCAGCUUUUCUGUUACCUUUGAUGCAUAAACAGGACACAGUGAUUUUAUUUCCAUUGUUCGGGUUUUGAUCAACUCAGAAAAAAAAUCCAAUGAUAAAGAUGAUUUUUGAUAUAAGAAAGAACAGAAUAUGAUGUAUUUCAGCAUCUGAGAUUGGGAAACGCCCUUAAAUGCAUCAAAACAAGAUUUUAUACUGUUUUCAAGAUGAAGCUGUUUAGAGGCUGGUUGGUGGAUUAUCGGCGUUCUGCUGUGGCUACUUUACUGUUAAACUUUUAUAAAUAAUUUCAACCCAACAUCAUCUGUGUGUGUGUGUGCUAUGAAGCAUCUCUGCCCUCCAAAGAUCCACAAAGCAGUUAUAAAUUGAGCUGAAACUCAGAAUAUAGUCCAGUCACUUCAUGACAACAAUCUGGAAAAAGAAAA